ACAUGAUUGAAUGGAAUUUGCUAGAUUUCCUGAAUCACUGUUUAUAAAUCAAACUAAUGUGACACUAUGAAUUUGUACGUGCACGUGCCUUCCCGGUCAGAGGGGAUCGCGCGCACCAGCCAAAUCUUUCACCUUGAUGUCGUUGGACUUUUGACACGCGCUGAUAGUGCGAGCAUGCAGGUUUUUUUAGGCGCCCCUAAAGGUUAUAGCAAAAGAGCCGUGCGACAGCUCACAGUGGUUUCAGAACCUCCAAGAGCACCAUUAGAUUUAAAGAGUGUGGUGUUUUAAGAGUUUUUGGGUUUAGUUUUACCACAUCAUUUUUAAUAGGCUUUUUUUUUUUGGCACAGCCUAUAUUCCCGAAGUCCAAAAGAGUUUCUGAAAUGCGUCUUUCCAGAUCUUUAUCAAUAACAUCAUUAAGUGGGCUUCCACUCUGGGAGGAGGAUAGUCUACCUGUGGAAGAUCUCUUACUCUUUGAGAUUGCAUGGGAAGUAACCAAUAAGGUGGGAGGUAUAUACACUGUCAUUCAGACUAAAGCAAAGAUCACAGUGGAUGAAUGGGGGGAGAACUACUUCAUGAUGGGACCCUACUAUGAACACAACUUCAAGACCCAGGUGGAGCAAUGUGAACCUCCAAACCAAGCCAUCAAAGUUGCCAUGGACUCCUUAAUUAACAAUGGCUGCCAGGUGCACUUUGGUCGCUGGUUGAUAGAAGGUAGUCCAUAUGUUAUCCUCUUUGAUAUUGGGACAGCUGCCUGGAACCUGGACCGCUGGAAGGGGGAUUUGUGGAAUGCAUGUAGCAUCGGGCUGCCCUAUGACGACAGAGAGGCCAACGACUCGCUCAUCUUUGGCUCUCUAGUGGCCUGGUUCUUCAAAGAGUUAACAGACCAACUUAUGCACAAGCUGAAUGUAAUUGCUCAUUUCCAUGAGUGGCAAGCUGGGACCGGACUGGUACUGAGCCGCUCCCGCAAGAUACCACUGGCAACCAUUUUUACCACACAUGCCACCCUACUGGGACGGUACUUGUGCGCAGGUAACGCAGACUUCUACAACAACCUGGACAAGUUCAAUAUAGACCAGGAGGCAGGAGAGAGACAGAUCUACCAUCGGUACUGUUUGGAGAGGGCUUCAGUACACUGCGCACAUGUUUUCACUACUGUGUCCCAGAUCACUGCAGUGGAGGCAAAUCACAUGCUCCAUAGACAAGCAGAUGUUGUCACCCCUAAUGGCCUGAACGUUAGGAAGUUCUCGGCCAUGCAUGAGUUUCAAAACCUGCACUCCACAAACAAAGCCAAGAUCCAGGAGUUUGUAAGGGGGCAUUUCUAUGGCCAUCUGGACUUCAAUCUGGAGAAGACCCUGUUCUUCUUCAUUGCAGGUCGAUACGAGUUUUCUAACAAGGGAGCAGAUCUGUUCCUGGAAUCUCUGUCCAGAUUAAACUAUUUGCUAAGGAUGCAUAAGAGUGAUGUCACGGUGGUUGUGUUCUUCAUCAUGCCUGCCAAGACCAACAACUUCAACGUGGAGUCUCUUAAAGGACAGGCUGUACGCAAGCAGCUGUGGGAUACAGCCCAGUCUGUGAAGGAGAAGUUUGGCAAACGGCUUUACGAGAGCUUGUUAAGGGGUGAGAUCCCAGACAUGAACAAAAUCCUGGACAGAGAUGACUUCACAAUUAUGAAGAGGGCCAUUUAUGCAACACAGAGACACACUCUGCCUCCAGUCACAACUCACAAUAUGCUGGACGACUCCAUGGACCCCAUCCUGAGCAACAUCCGCCGAAUCGGCCUGUUCAAUGGACGCAAUGACAGAGUAAAGAUUGUGUUCCACCCAGAGUUCCUGUCCUCCACCAGUCCUCUUCUGCCAAUGGACUAUGAGGAAUUUGUCCGAGGCUGCCAUCUGGGAGUGUUUCCAUCCUAUUAUGAACCAUGGGGAUACACGCCAGGUGAGUGUACUGUCAUGGGAAUCCCCAGUGUGACCACCAACCUGUCUGGAUUUGGCUGUUUCAUGGAGGAACAUGUCUCGGAGACCUCCGAAUAUGGGAUCUACAUUGUGGACCGGCGGUUCCGUUCUGCAGACGAGUCGUGUAACCAGCUGACUCAGUUCAUGUUUUCGUUCUGUCAGCAGUCGCGACGACAGAGAAUUAUUCAACGUAACCGUACGGAGAGACUCUCUGACCUGCUGGACUGGAGGUACCUUGGACGGUUCUACAUGCAUGCCAGGCAUCUUGCCCUCAGCAGAUCUUUCCCCGCUGAAUUCAAAACGGACCAUCUGAACCUUCCACCGACACAAGGUUUCCGUUACCCGCGACCCUCCUCUGUUCCCCCUUCCCCAUCGGUUUCCAUCCACUCCACCCCUCACCACAGCGAUGAGGAAGAGGAAGAUGACGAGCCAUAUGACGAAGACGAGGAGGCAGAGAGGGACAGACAGAACAUCAAGGCACCUUUCACUCUGGGUGAAGUGCCCGACGGUAAGAAGAAACAACCAGGACAGAAUGAUUAAGAUCUGCACCCUCCUGCAUAUCUCACCUCCACAAUUCAUCCCAGCAUCAGAUCUUAGAACUCUGGAACUUGAGAACUUGUUACUUUAGGACAUGUUUACACUGACUACCAUAUGAGAGUGUGAUACAUUUUCAUUCUGACUAUAGCUUUUGGAUGAAUUGAUGAGAAAAUUUCAUUAAAACAUUAAAACCUACUGACAUGAGCUAAAACAGUGGUUCUCAG